UGUCAAAGUGUUAAAGGACUGACUCUAACUUAAUUGGGAACUCUUAAAUGUAAUCAAGUAAGCUAAAUUAAUGUACUCUUGCAGUCCAGAGAAAAGGUUACAAAAAGAAUUAUAGAAGAAACAGAAGGCAUUAUGGUACAUCCCAACCAGGAGCCUGCAGUGAUAGCUGGGCAAGGAACAAUUGUCCUGGAAGUGCUGAACCAGGUUCCCUUGGUGGAUGCAGUGGUGGUACCCGUAGGGGGAGGAGGAAUGGUUGCUGGAAUAGCAAUUACAGUUAAGGCUCUGAGACCUAGUGUGAAAGUAUAUGCUGCUGAACCCUUGAAUGCAGAUGACUGCUACCAGUCCAAAAUGAAGGGGGAACUGACCCCCAAUCCUUAUCCUCCAGAAACCAUAGCAGAUGGUGUCAAAUCCAGCAUUGGCUUCAACACCUGGCCUAUUAUAAGGGACCUUGUGGAUGAUGUCUUCACUGUCACAGAGGAUGAAAUUAAGCAUGCAACCCAGCUGGUGUGGGAGAGGAUAAAACUACUCAUUGAACCUACCGCUGGUGUUGGAGUGGCUGCUGUGCUAUCUCAACGUUUUCAAACAGUUUCCCCAGAAGUAAAGAACAUUUGUAUUGUGCUCAGUGGUGGAAAUGUAGACCUAACCUCCCUAACUUGGGUGAAACAGGCUGAAACACCAGCUCCACAUCCAUCUGUUUCUGUUUAAUCUAUGCUAACAGAGGAGAUGGGAUUUAGUGUCUCUAGACCCUUGGAAAUUUUGUUUUCUUGUCUUUGUCAUGAACUGUCAACUUUCAA